GACGAGGCCAUUAAAACAGUGCCGGUCAGUAAUGUAGACACCAAAAUAAGGACCCUCACUCUUCAGGACAAUGAUACCCAAGUAGAGCUGACCCUUUGGAGGGAAUUAGUGAACCAAUCUAUCACCAUCGGAGAUUACAUUGAAGUAUCACAUUGUAUAGUUUCCGAAUGGCAAAAAAGAAAAACCCUUAACACCACCAGAAACACAGCUAUCAAGUUGUUCAUUUUGGUGUUAGAUGCCACCUAUAAGGAUUAUGUCGUAGACAUAAGCAUGAUAAGAACUCAACUUCAAAGACAUAGAGAUGUGUCACAAUUGUCAAAUGAACAAAUGGAAGACUUAAUUGUGCAAAAGUUUCCAUUCCCAGUGAAAUUUACCACCAUUGGAGUGAAUGUGCAAAGCAUUGAACUUUAA